AUGCCAUCCGAUCGAGAUAGCAGCAGUGCUGCCAGGGGCAGCGGAAGAACUAAUCCAAACUUUACUACUACCGUUAUAACAAGAAAUGUAGGACAUAGUCCCUCUCGGGAAUUGUAUCCGGGUUCUGUAGCCACGACAAAACAUGAAGAAAGGACCACCUGUCGCAGAGUAGUAAACCACAAAACUAAACAGGUAGAAACACGAGUGCAGCGCCAGCUGGUGUACGAAGAUGGCAAAAUUAUUGCAGAUAGUGGGCCGCAAAUUACAACAAAAACAACAGAAGACAGUCGCACAGAGGAAUUUGAAAACACAGACAACAAAAAUCUUGGCAACGAUCCUGUAUAUAAGUUUACGCCUGGUACUUCACGUGUUAUUAGCGAGAAAACCGAAACACGUCAAGUUUUAAAAGAAAACAAGGAAGAAAGCAUGCAGUUGCGUAAUGAAACUUUUCACGAACUAACUGGCCCGGAGUUUCACCAGAAGGCGCUGAUGUCUCCAGAUAAUGCAUUGUUUAUUAUAACUGAUGACAUCGAAAAUAACCAGUCCUAUCCUGGUAAGGUCGUCCACUACUCCUGUCAUUCUCAGAAAAUCACGGACAAAGAAGAAGUUAAAGAAGUGUCUGAACUUAAAGAUGGUGAACUGAAAACUGAAACCACUCGGACACAUCAUCACGAAGAACAAGAAGAUGACGAAGUGCCGGAAGAUGAAGUAGACGAGUCAGCUCUUCCAGAGAUCUCCAAAGAAACAAUAAAAAACAUAGAGUAUUAUAAAGAUGAUGGUGAAUUCGAAAGUUUAAAGGAAAAGUUGCGUCGUGAACGAGAUAAUAAUAUUAUUCGAGAGAACCUUAAGGGUAGAAAUAAGCCAAUAACAAAGAAGACACCAAACUUUGACGAAGAAGAGGUAAUUAAAAAUAGUGAAACCAAUCGUUGGCUGGAAAACCACUUCGGCUCAGAUAGCGGAAGUGACGUGGCGGAGCCGAUUAGAACUAAAGCUGGUGGAAAUGUGAUCAAUAUCCAAAUGACAGCUUCCCCACGAUCCGCCUCACGGGAAAAACUUGACCCUGAUCAUGAGGUUAAAUAUAAAGAGGAAUACACGUUUUCUAACAGGCAAGUACAGGAUCACAACGUUCCUUCCAUUUCCAAACUAUUCCAAGAUAAUCGACCUCUGAACAAAAACUUGAGUAGGGUAAAGGAUUGGCAUACUAGUCUUCGAAGACUUCCCGAGUCCCAUUCUUCUCACUCUUCUGUAUUGCCUCGUUCUUCUUCUCCACUAAUUGUGCGUGAAAGUGCCGAAUCUCCAACAAUUCCUGAAACUUUUCUUAAGACUGCUACAACACAUCGUCAAAUGCUUGCUUCUUCCAAAAUACCUGCGAAAAAAUACUUCUUGGGUGACAAUGGAACAUACGAACAACAUUAUACUAAAUAUGAACCUCAAAUCUUGAAGAAACAGUCAUUGGGUUGGAAAUCAACUCCUUCCAUCACAGAUGAUUAUGUUCAUGGCCUGGAAGACAAAGUUAAACAUGUAGUCUAUAAACAAAAAAACGUUCGAUAUGAACAAAGAUCACCAGAAAGAUCUGUUCAACGAUCCCAUCCUCCGACGGAAGUCCCUAAAAACUCUCAAGGAGUACAGUAG